AUGGACCCCCUGGACUCAGCCUCGAGGGUCUUCUGCAGCUGCAUCCUGAGCAUGGUGGACGCAGACGAUGUCAACACCAUCAUCCUGGCCCAGAAGAGCAUGCUGGACCGCUUUGAGAAGACCAGUGAGAUGCUGCUGAACUUCAACAACCUGUCGUGUGCCCGCCUGCAGCAGAUGAGCGAGCACUUCCUGCACCACACGAGGACCCUGGUGGAGAUGAAACGGGACCUGAAGAACAUCUUCUGCAGGAUCAGGACACUGAAAGGGAAGCUGGCCAGGCAGCACCCGGAGGCCUUCAGCCACAUCCCAGAAGUGUCCCUCCUGGAGGAUGAGGAUGAAGACCCCAUCCCACCUAGCACCACAACAACCCUUGCCACCUCGGAACAGAGCACAGGUUCGUGUGACACCAGCCCCAACACUGUCUCACCCUCCCUCAGCCCCGGCUUCGAGGACCUGUUCCAUGUCUGGUCCAGCUCCCCUGCCAUCAAUGGCUGCAGCCAUGCAGAUGACGAGGAGACGCUGGGCGAGUAGCCCUGCUCCCAGGAGCUUGGUGGGGUCUCAGGGCAGCGGCAGCACCACGCCCCAGAUGUCUGAGGUGGCAGCAGGUAACUCUGCCUUGAGACAGUCAGCUUUGCCACCCUGUUUUGUCAUUUGGAGCUCCCUGGGGAACAAGGCUCCCUUGCUGGGGUAUGGAAUUCCUGGGAUCUAGCAUUCCCAUUCUAAAAGCAUCUCUCCUUGACCCCUCUGCCAGGACAGGGAGUCCAGCCCAGCUGGAGUCACUGGGUUGGGCACAAGGGAGCUUUUCCAGAGCCAGGCCUGAGGUCUGCUCUGAACAACACUUAAAGGUUCCC